GAUAUGUUGUCUACUUGCGCCCAAAUACCGGGAAUCAUCGUCUUUUUGCCCUUCCGUACGCCGCUUGCAUCCCGUUGUGUAGAAAUUAGGUCUUAUAAUCAAUUCUUCCUCCAACUACGGCGGCGGCCACUGCGGCGGCGGCGGGGCCCAUAGAUCCGAAGCAACCGCCGCGGUUUUACGCGGGUUUAUCUUGAAUCUGGGGAAGAUUUGGGAGAGGAUGGCUAAUCUUGCCAACAUGUUUGCUGUCCUUGACCUGGAUGGCGAGGACGAUCGAAAGGAAGUGGAACAACCGACAUCCAGCAAGCCAGAAGCUGCUGCCGCCGCCGCCCCCAGGAAACCCGAUAGUGGCAUGAUGAAUAACAAAAUGAUUGUAAAUUACGAUGGGGAUAAACUUGGUUCAUUGUCAAGUGAAUACAAGAUGCCAUUGGUGUGGAUUGACUUGGAAAUGACCGGUUUGGAUAUCAGAAAAGACCGCAUACUGGAGAUUGCUUGUAUUAUAACAGAUGGUAAACUUACCAAACGGAUAGAGAGCCGGAAGACGAGUUCGCUAACGAGGAGCCCGUUGAGUUUGCUUUUGAGGAUCCAGUCAACUCUGACAACUGUGCAGGGUCCUGAUUUGGUUAUAAGACAGAGCAAGGAAUGCUUAGACAACAUGAAUGAAUGGUGUAAAACCCAUCAUGGUGCCAGUGGACUGACAGAACAAGUACUGCAGAGUGACAUUUCUGAGUGUGAUGCUGAGAAACAGGUGCUAGACUUUGUUAGGAGGUAUAUUGGUUCGGCGACUCCAUUGAUUGCUGGGAAUUCUAUCUAUACAGAUUUACUAUUUUUGAAGGAGUAUAUGCCACAGCUUGCAGGCAUAUUCCCUCAUGUGAUAGUUGAUGUGAGCAGCAUAACGGCUCUGUGCAUCCGCUGGUUCCCCAAGGGUGGUGUAAAAUUUGAACAGAUUUUGAGUGUUCGCAAAUUGCAAUGAUGUUUUGGUUUGAUUUAAUCGGUUUGAAGAUAUUCCUGUGGCUGGCAGAGAACUCACGAUUACAUAGGGGCAGACUUAAAGAUCAGCUAGUGAGGUUGGGAACAUACUUGAGUGCUAUUGGACUAUAAGGCUUUCAUCCAAUUCGGGCGUAUUUCCUCCUGAUUAUACUUGUUGGUUAUUCGAUAGUGGUUUGGAAACUGAAAUUGGUUCAAAUCUUUUGCUUUAUUUAUAAAAGGGGGCGAAAGCCUUUUUCGGUAAAUUGGUUCAAAUUGACCUUAUGUGUUUCGCCGUCUUCACAACCGCUGAUUACCAAAGCAGAGCAGACCUAGUAUAUUUUAAUUUCAUUUUGGAAUAUGCAUGGAAUACUUGUGAAAUUCUCCACAUGACAAGGCUUUGUUUAUUUUUUUAUUGAGGUAAAUACACCACGGGUCAUAGAAUUGCACGCAAUGGUUACUUUGAUGCACAAAGUUGCAAAAUACGUGUUUGUAGUCACUAAACUUGUGAGACCGUUCAAAUACAGUCACCCACCCCGUACGCGGGCGUAUCCAUCUACGCCAGCAUGGCACGGGCCACUGUCAAUGACACAUGGACGCGUUAUUGCACAAAACCCUUGCUUCUUUUUCUUUUUGUGCAAAAAAAGUCAACCACCGAUGGGACCUAACUCUCAGGAUGAGGGAUAAUUUAUCCAAAAAAGUAUGACGACCAGGUCUCAAACCCUCGACCUAAUACUAGAACAAUACACGUCCCAGCCAUUGCACCACAUGUAUGUACAGAACCAUUAUGGAUAACUACAUUUAAUGUACAAAAACAGAAACACUCAUGGAGCAGAAAUGGUCUGCGGUCCACGCGACCUAUUUUGCAUUUGUUUAUUUUUACAAAAGUUUGUAGACAGUAUGUAAAUUAUAAUGCCAAUAAUAAGAUAACUU